UAGUUUGACAGUGGAAAACUCGAAUCGCGCACAGAUUUCACAAAAAAAGUGUUGUCUUUUUCCUCGUCCAAAAGUUAUUAAUUCCUGCGAGAGAAAAAACGGUGAAAUUUUAGUGCAAACGUAGAAUUCUAUCUGUUUUACAGUUGAGCGGUGUGUGAGUUGAACGUGAUAAGCAGUUUCUCGAGAAAAAAAACUGUCGUAACAUCGCCCCCUCUUGCGCUGCGGUGGAAUUUCUCCGAUUGGUAAUUCAAUAUGCGAAACAUCGGCACAAAUCAGCACCAUCAGUGUGACGAAGACGGGCGGAAGUCGUAAUCAAAAUCAGUUGCAAAAUUCCUACAUUGAGGCACUUGGAAGUGGUGGCUUUUCGGCUACGAGGUCGCACGGAUUUCGCCACAUUCGCUGGGGGGAAAACUUUUCUGCAGUUAGUGGUUUAUAGGAGUUACUUGGCUUCGUCCGGAAAUGGAGCCGGAAAAUUCCAGCAAGUAUCAGAAACUGGCCGCUGAAUAUUCAAAGCUACGAGCCCAGGCCACUGUCCUCAGGCGGGCCGUUUUGGAAGAGCAGAGCAAGAGCGCUGCCCUCCGGGAAUCACUCAAAGAGAAGGAAUCAAAUCUACGCAAAACGGUCCAGGAAGUAGAUAGUCUAGGCUUUCGGAACAAGCAACUAGAGCGAACGGUGGCUUCGCUUCAGCAGGACCUGGAAGAGCUCAAGAAAGCCAACAACAAAGGACACAAGUCCAAAAACGUCAGCAUCAACGAAUCAAUCGUACCGGCGGACACACAAGUGAUCCGGGAGGACCUGGCCAAGAAGAUCGCGGAAAACUCGCAACUGAUGAUGCAGAUGGAGGAUCGCUAUGCCGAGAUCAAACAGUGCCAAGUGCGAAUGGAGGGUCUCAAUCGGGAACUGCAGCAGCAGGCUGCCGUGGAACAGAAGCUACGGAAGGAGAUGGAAGCUCUGGCACUGCGAAACACCGAACUGGAAGCGAAGAUAUCCGAGGCUGCAAGCACGAUCGGAAGCGAGGACGGAUUGAGUGUGACGGCCGACAUGGAGAACCACUACAAUAGCACUAGUAAUCACUUUAGUAGCACUUCGAGCCAAGCGGCGGUGGCAUCGGGUGGGGCAAGCAACAACCACAGUAGCACCCCUGGGGGCACCGGCAGCGGCAACUGUGAUGAUAGGAUAGUAUUUCUCGAGAAGGAACUAAGUCACUGGCGGGCGCAGUACGAACUGCUCAAAAUUGAGACCACUAGUCAGCGGGGGGCCGCGGAGGAAAAUGUACACGACUCCACCCAGGAUAAAACGGAAAAGAAUUUGGAGGACAAUCAAAUUCAGAGCGAACAGCAAUCACGGGAGCAAAAACUGACGGAUUGCUUCAUCAAAAGCAUAGGGAAUCUAUUUCAUGACAAGUGCAGAGCGGAAUCGAAACUUGCGUCGCAUUUAUUAGAGUCUCAAAGACUGCAAUCUCAUCUGGACAUUAUGAAGAACCGAUUGAAAGAUGGCGAGAAAACAAUUCGCGACAAGGAGCACCGGUACCACAUCAUCGAAGAUGAACUCGCCCGCACCCGCCUAAACUACGAAGAGCAGAUAGAAGUCCUCACCGAACAGGUGGUAAGCCUAAGCGAGCAACUGGCCAGCUGCAAAUAAAACAAGAAACUAAGCUUCCCCGUCGAACCAAACUCAGAUUGUGGGUGAUCUCCAUUUAUAUCCGAAGAGGAAUAGUAACCGACAAUUACUAUGAAACCGCUAAUAACUAAAAUACCAUUGAGGCGCGAAAUAGAUCGAAUGGAACAAUGAAUGUUCCAAGCAAACUAGUUGUUGAACAUGUAACAAAUUCAAUCCGAGUCGCAUUCCUACACGCGCGGAAUGACCGAAAAGAGCAACAGUAACUGUUUGAGUAUAGAGUAUUAUAACUUUUUUUUUCAUUUUUUCUAUGCUGUGUGUAUGUCAAAGAACAAGUUAUAUCAAGAAAUUUGUGGAUGAAAUUAUUGAAUGACGAACAAUAGAAAUAAAUUGUGCAAAUUAUUGUGUUA